UGGUCAAGAAUGAUUGUUGGCAAUGUUGUGAAAAAAAGUUAGCCUUUAAUUCAAUUCAAAAAGCCUACUAUGUUCUAGGCAUUAUGCAUACAAAAACAAAAAAAGAAAUAACUACCUUCAAGAAAUUACAAUUCUGCUGGGAGGAAAUGAAACCUAUAAUAGGAAAUCAAUUUAAAUAGAUACAUAAUUAAUACAACUCUCACUGGGGAAACUUCUUGCAUAGUAACUGGGGGAAGUACUAGCAAAUAGGGAACUCAGGAAAAGUCCUUUGCAGGUGAGUUGCACUACUUAAGAACAAGGAUGUCAUUUCAUCUUUUUGAUUGCAGAGCCUAGUACUAGCAAAGCUGAUACGGGAUUUUUAAAAACUUCUUUUUGAUGGGGAUGAUAUGGAUCUCACACAUGGAUGUGAGAAAUCCCUCUACUAAUUUAGGUCACAGUUCAUAACUUGGUAGAUAAGUCUUGGUUAAAGGUCUAGAGAGAUUGUGAAUCCUGCUUGUUAAUAUCCUAGUAGCAAAUAUCAAAGUAAAAUAUUUGAAUUGGGAUCUUCUUGAAUCCAAGUCCAGGACUCUGUUAAUCAUACCACACACAGCAUUCUCUUUAUUUCAUUAUGGUACCUCUCCCCUGAAUGCACUUGCUGCUCAAUUCUGCAAAUUGUUCAAUUAGUCAAUAUAACAGUAAAAUCAGAAAAAAACCUAUUAAUUUAUCACUAGUUGGUAUCAUGAAAGAAUCAUAUUGAAACAAAAGCCAAGAGUUCAGUGGUUGUAGUGUAGAUAAAAUGUUAGUAACAACUCAGAUUUAUAAGCCCACCUUUGAGAUUACAAUGUUCUUAAUAUCUUAUUUGAUCCUCACAACAACCUAGUGCAGCAAAUAGAGCAAAUGAUAAUAACCUUAUAUUAUAGAUGAAGAAGCUGAAUUGUGAAGUUUAAGUGACUGGGGCAAAGUCACCAUAGUCAGGACAGAGCUAGGACUCUGGUCAAGUGACUUUAAUUCUUGAAAGCUUAAAUUCUCUCAUCUGUAAAAAGGGAAGGAUAAUGAUUCCAAGUCUAGAAUUUUUAAAGGAAAUUAAGGGUUGCUGUUGUUAAGUUGUAUUUAACUAUGACGCUACUUGAGGUUUUCUUGACAGAACUAUUGAGGUGAUUUGCCGUUUUCUUCUCCAGUUUAUUAUGUAGAUAAGGAAAUUGGCAAACAGGAUUAAGUGGCUUUCCCAGGAUCACAUAGCUAUAAAGAGUCUACAGCUGGAUUCAAAUUUAGGAAAAUUAAUCUUCUAGACUUCACUCUCCCACAUUUUAUCCACGUUGCUAUAAUUAGCAGAUAAAAUAAUAUUUUAUAUUUACAUAAUAUUUAUUUACAUAUUUACACAAUGCAAAUAUCUCUUCCACUCUAAAUCUAUGAGUUCAAAGGUAAAGAGACUUAAUCAAGUCCUCAGUUACUAGCACAGAUAGAACUUCAUUAUCUUUUAGUCGCAGAAUAAAUGAAGUGAGAUAUGGCUCCAAAGGUGACAUUUUCCACUAAAGGACAUUAUCAGUUUUUAACAGCAUCAAGUAUUAGAAUCUUUUUAUUUUGUCUUUUGGAAACUGGAAGGUGAAAAUUGACCCACGAUUUGCCACUUAAAAAAAAAAAACACACACACAAAACAAAUUGGGAGUUGUCCCUCAGCCCCACUGGCUCUUAGGAAUAGCCCUGACCUAUUGCUAAACUUUGUUUUUUCUUUCAAUAGUAUUUUCUUUUUCCAAUUAAUUACAUUUAAAGAUAGUUUUCAACAUUUAUUUUUGUAAGAUUUUGAGUUUCAAUUUUUUUUUCUCCCUUCCUCGCUUAUUUUCCCCUCCCCAAGAAAGAAAGCAAUCUGAUAUAGGUUAUACAUGUACAAUCAUUUAAAAUAUAUUUCCAUAUUAGUCAUGUUAUGAAAGAAAAAUCAGAACAAAAAGGAAAAACCAUGAGAAAGAAAAAGCAAACAAAAAAAGUGAAACUAGUAUGCUUUCAACUGCAUUCGGUUCUCUCUCUGGUGGAGAUGGCAUUUACUAUCCCAAGUCUUUUGGAAUUGUGUUGGAUCACUGUAUUGUUGAGAAGAGCUAAAUCCAUCAUAGUUGAUCAUCACAUAAUCUUGCUAUUACUGUGUACAAAUAUUCUCCUGGUUCUGCUCCCUCCACUCAGAAUCAGUUCACAUAAGUCUUUCCAGGCUUUUCUAAAAUCACCCUGCUCAUCAUUUCUUAUAGAACAAUAAUAUUCCAUUACAUCCAUAUACUUAUUCUAUCGCCUUGCACUUUAUUUUCAUUGUCUACAAGAUAUCAGGUAUCUUUCAGAGGCAGCCUGCUCUUGAGGAUCUGAAAAUCAGAUUAAUCAUAUACUUGUCAUUUUCUUCCUUCGCAAGUGGGGGCGGGGUGGAUGAGUCAGGUUUCUUAUAUUUUCCUUUCCGUUAUCACAUCAUUAUAAAUGCCUAGGGGGCCUCUACUGCCUGAUCCACUCUUCAGGUCUUCUUAGUGGAAGAGUCCAGGGAUCGAUUUUUUCCCCCCUCAAAAUAUUCGGCUUCCGAAGCUGUGUAAACCACAAAACCAAGCCCAGCAGAGUCCGCAGAAAGUAAUUCCGCUCCACUUUUCUCUAUUGAUUCUCAUGCCCAUCGUUUCUCCAAGGAGUCAUUUAUUUCUUCCAAUAGUUGGCUUGGAGUUCUUGGAAUAAGAGCUGAAAUGAGCUACCAAAAAAAGGUGGGGGGAAUGGAAUGGUUAAGAAGCAAAGGCCAGCUGUUUAGGUGAUAAGCCAUAUUAGCUCGUAAUAAACGAUUCCGCUUGCUCAAUCUGGUUGGUCUCGGCGGGUGAGAUUACCCCCUCUGCUCUCGCUACAAUCUUUACUUUCCUCGGUCUUCGGAGGCCGGGUCAGUCUAAUUGGACGACCGACCCUCCCAUGGCAGCUGCCACCCGGGCCCCAGGCGAGAACCUCUGGAUGCCUGCCCGGGAAUGAUUGGGCAGCCCCCAAAGCCAAGGCAGGGUCAAGGCCGCGGCUCCUCCCACCCACUGGGCAAUGGCCAGCUCAAGGUGCCCUCAGGCUGCAGCCUGGUUAGUGGCCGCGGGCUCUCGGACAGGCUCCCCAAGUACGCGGAGCGGGAGCAGCGCGGGCGCACCGGGGCUGGGGGCGGGGGCGGGGGCGGAGGCGCCGGGUUUCCGACUUCCUGAAGGUAUAGGAGAGGAGCACCCGCAGGCAGCACCCGAGAUCGGGCUGGCUCCGCUGCCCUCCUCCCACCUGCCCCGGCGGCGGUAACGGUCCGGUGAUAUCAGGUUUGCAUCCAGCCGACUGACUGACCGACGCACCGACCGACGGACACACGUGUCCCGCGCAGGCCAUGAAGGUUCAGUUUGCCCCACUAAACCUCCCCCUGGAGAGGAGGCUGCAGACCGCUGCGGUACUCCAAUGGGUUUUCUCCUUCCUCCUACUGGGGCAGCUAUGUUGUGGACUCUUGGUGAUGCUGCUUUAUAAAAACUACUGGUUUAUCUAUAUCCCCUAUUUAACAUGGCUCUACUUUGACUGGAAGACUCCAGACUCAGGAGGCAGGAGGUUUGACUGGGUCAGAAGUUGGACUGUUUGGAAGUACUUUAGGGAAUAUUUUCCAAUGCAUCUCAUCAAAACAGUGGAUUUGGAUCCAAGUCACAACUAUAUAUUUGGAUUUCAUCCCCAUGGAGUGCUUGUUGCCGGGGCAUUUGGAAACUUUUGUACAAACCAUUCGAAUUUCAAGGAACUAUUUCCAGGUUUUACUGCAUAUCUUCACACACUUCCCUAUUGGUUCCGAUGUCCUUUCUUCAGAGAAUACCUCAUGAGCAGUGGAGCAGUCUCGGUUUCCAAACAGUGUGUAUCUCAUGUGCUAAGCAAGGAGGAAGGUGGAAACAUUUCAGUCAUUGUGCUUGGGGGAGCAGAAGAGUCACUGGUUGCACAUCCUGGAAGUUUUACUCUGUUUAUCAGACAAAGAAAAGGGUUUAUUAAAAUGGCUUUGACACAUGGGGCUUAUUUGGUUCCUGUGUUUUCUUUUGGUGAGAAUGAAUUGUUUAAACAAGUCAACAAUCCUGAAGGCUCAUGGCUUAGAGCUGUCCAAGAGAAACUGUACAAAAAAGUAGGCUUUACAGUGCCAUUAUUUCAUGCCAGAGGAAUUUUUCAGUACAAUUUUGGCCUGAUGCCCUACAGAAAACCUAUUUUUACUGUUGUGGGCCACCCUAUCCCUGUUCGACAGAAUCUGCACCCCACACCAGAACAGAUUGAUGAAUUGCAUCAGACCUACCUGGAGGAAUUAAGAAAAUUAUUUGAGAAUCACAAAAGAAAGUAUGGAAUCUCAGAACAGGAAACUCUCAUUUUUAAAUAAACAUGGCUGUGGAAGGUGUCAAAGACGUCACAAGAACUUUCUGGCAUUGAAAGAACUGUCUCUGAAUCCAUAACAACUGGUGCCUGUCAAAGACUAUGUUGUGCAUUUAAUGAGUGUUUAAGUUAUAAGAGGGCCUGGAUUUUUUUUUCCUUUCAAAUACUGUGUCAAAUUACCACAUGUUGCCUUCAGCCGCAGUGAUAUUAAUAUACAAAAAUCCAUCUAGAGGAGAGAGCUAUUAAAAGCACCUAUGUAAAGGUCCUUAAAUUUAAGAAUUAUCUAAAGAUAAUAUUCAAACUCCAUUUUUUGCAGGUCACAAGUUCUAAGAGUGAUGGGAAAGGGCUGGGUUUAUUUUUGUCAAUCAGUUAAUAUUUAUUAAGCACUAGACAAUGUGUUAAGCUCUGGGGAUACAAAAAAUGUAAAAUGCAGACAAUCCUUUUACAAAAUGCCGGGCUCUGUGCUAAGUUCUGGAAAUACAAAGAAAGAUAAAAGGCAGACAAUUUCUGUCCUUAAGGAACUUACACUCUAAUGGAGACCACAUGUAUAAACUAUAUAUACAUGUGUGUAACAUACUAUAUAUUACAUGUAUACAUACAUACAUAUAUAGGAUAAAUUGGAAAUAAUCAGCAGUGGGAAGAUGCUAGAAUGAAGAGGAUUGAGGAAAAGAAGUUGGGAUUUUUAACUGGGUCUUGAAGGAAUUUAGGAGGCAGAGAUGAAAAGAAGAACAUUUCAUGCUUAUAUAUAAUCACAAAAUAUUAAAAUUGUGAGUUUUAAAAAUGUGAGAUAAAUUUUAGACUUUGAGAAAAACUGGACUGUUCAAUUUAGACAACUUUCUUAUGCUCUCUGAAUCCUGGUUUUCUUUAUCUUUUAAAUGAAGGAGUUAGUUAAGAUAUCCUUUUGAAAUUUCAUCCUACUCUAAAUCUACGUACCUGCGGUCCUUCAUUUUCAAAAAGUUUGGAAAUAUUUUCACUGUUCAGUGCUGCUAUUGUUAAGUAGCACAGUUGUGGUCCUACACAGGUGGACUAUCAAUUUGCUAAUGCAUAUCAUCACUUGACAAAAAGAAUCAGAGGUGCAAUGUUAUUCCUGAAGCAAUGGGCUAUUAGCUGAUGCUGUUACUUAAUACACAGACCAUUUGAGUCUUUUGGGUAUACUAGCUAACUUCUUUGAGAACUCUCACACUUGUGUGCAAUUGUCGAAUCUGCCAUAGGAAGGCCAAAGCCAAUGAUAGCAGUCAUCAACUCUCCACACCUCCCUAUUUGAAUUCAUAUUUGAACAUAGAGAAAUGUGCUCAUCUGUCAUUGAGUUUAACUAAAGGCCCACACAUUUUGCAUGGGUCAUUAUUAUGAGAGAUUUUUACAGUGAUGUAAAUAAGUGUUAAAAAUGGUCCAAGUGAUUCUUAUCUUGCAAAAGACCCCCUACUUGGGGCAGUUAGAUGGCAAUGGAUAGAGCACCAACCCUGACAUUAGGAGGACCUGAGUUCAAAUAAGGCCUCAGAUAGUCAGAAGCUGUGUGAUCCUGGGCAAGUCACUUAACCCCUAUUGUCUCCUCCUCCCUAAAAACAAAACAACAAAAAUAACUCCUGCAGAAAGAAGGCCCUCUUCCCAAGGAUUUAUUCAGUGAUUUUAGUCAUGUCUGACUCUUCAUGACCCCUUUGGAAGGUUUUCUUGGCAAAGAGAUGGCUAUCAUUUCUUUCUCCACUUCCAAAGGAUGGCAACACAUUUUCCAUAAUGGACAUAGGGAUAAACUACCCCAAGAUUGAGACUCAGAAUUUGAGAUUUUGGAGGGCCUUCAGUAGUCAUUUAAUCUAAUCCAAAUACAAAAGGAAUCCCCACUACGUUAGCUAACAAGUAAUUAUCCAACCUAUUCUUUGAAGUCUUAAAGGUAUAAGAUAAGGAGAUACAAAACAAAAGGAUAAUCAUAACAGACAAAGGACAGUGAGAAGCAAAGGGAACUAGAAAUAGAGUGAUCUGUUCUCUUAUUUCUGAGCACAUUAAUUAAUUAAGCAAUUAAGCAUUCAUUACUUUUCUAAGAGUGCCUGGUACUGUCCUAGGUGCUGAGGACAAAUACAAUCAGCUAGUUCUAUCCUCAAGGAGACUUUAGUCUAUUUGGGGGAAUAGGGAAUACAAUAUCACUGUGAUGGGAUAGAGGUAGAGAGACUAAUAACUGGGGGGAUCUACACAGGUUUUUUGAAGUGAGCUAAAGGUUUCCAGAGACAGAGGUGAAGUGAAUGCUACAAUUAUACAGUAUAUCUGUACAAAGGCCCAGUCAUGAGAAAUGGAUUGUUUUGGAUAGAGAAUGGCAACUAAGUCAUUUUGGCUGGAGUAUGGAGUGGAUGGAAAGGAAUAGUAAUAUGUAACCAGCCUGGGAAGGUAGGCUAGAUCUAGUUUUUAUUGGACAUUCAGUGUCAGAGAGGGAUUUAUAUUUCCCCCAAAAAAAUAUUAGGGAACCAGUGAAGUUUUCUUAAACAAGGGAGUUACAGGGAGACCUGGCUAUAUGUGGAGACUGAAUUGGAGAGAAGAAAGCCAGAUGCCAGAAAAAUAAGUAGGAAGCCAUAGGAGAGAUGAUGAGAGCCUGCUAUAUCACUUUAAGAUCAUCCAUAUUUGAUCACUUCAUUAGACCCUGAGAGCAUCACUUUAUUGCAAGUAUUUGAUGUUUAUGAUGACUUUCAAGGUUAUAACUUUAAAAAUAAAUGGGUCUUUACCUAUGAUUCCACUGAGCAGAAAAUCCCCAAAUUAGAAACACUGUUGAUGCAGGUCAACAGCUCGUCCACAACUGCAUAAUAUAGUGGUAAGCAGGGGAUGGGGAAGUGGGAGGAAUGAGGAUGGACUAAGGAGUGAGUGUUAUGUCCAGGGUCACUGAGCUAGUAUAUGUCAGAAGCAGUUCCUGAACUCAGGUACUUCUGAUUCCAAGUGUGGCUCUCUAUCCACUAUACCAUAACGAUAUAGGAUUCUUUUAAGGUUUCAUGAUCAGAAUGAGUACACUCUAAAUCCAUUAGUAGGCAAGUCAAAUGCCCACAGUUGUGAUAAUUCCAGCUUUAAAAAUAUAUAUAUGUUAAGAUUAUCAAAGCUAAAAAGUUUGUAGUUGACCUUGGGGUUGAGUUCACUAUCUGUUAUGGAGAAAAUUAAAUCCUGUACCAUGUUCCCAAACCAAGCCACCUGCACUCCAACCAUUAUCCUCGUCUUGCCUUUCCUCCCUCCCCUAGAACCUUGGUCUCUCGAACCAUCUUAGCCUCUGAUAGGAGAGCCUUUGUCUUUUCUUUGUGUGGGAUUUAGGCCACCAUUUUCAAACCGUAAGAACCUUUUCUAAGCUUUCCCUUAUAUAUAUUUUUUCCUAACUAUUAGAAGGUAAAUUCCUUGAAGACAGAAACUGCUCUGUUUAUAUUUGUAUACCUAAGCUUUGGCACAGUUCUGACAGACACAUAGUAAGCACUUAAUAAAUGUUAUAUCUAUUUGUUGAUCUAUUUUUCUAACCUAUUUUAUCUAGUUUAUCUAAACCCCUGUCUCUAGGCAUCAGCUCAAUGUUCAUAGUAAUCAAGAAAAGAUUAAAUAAUGAUCUAUAGUCUAUUUAAGAAAGCAUGGAAGUAUAUGGUGCAUUUUUUGAAAAUAUUGUCAUCAAAAAAAGUUGUGAGUGCUUAAAAGGAUAAGCUUUAUAAAAUUCACUUAUGUAAAUAUCAGUAUUUGAUAAUGCCAAAUAAAUAAGGUGCUACUGUACUUUUGCCUUUUGGGGUUAUAAUCUACUAAAAGUCACAGCAAAACAAAACUAGAUCAAGCCUUCAUCCAUUUUUGGCAAUAUCUACAUAUAAUUCCUCUUAAAAUUCAAUUUAGUUUGAAUUCAGAGUUCAAAGUAAUACUUUAAUUCUCUAGAAUUCACUGCUAUCCUCAAGGAGUUUGCCAAAAUGAUUCCUUCAUUUCCCAUAGUACAUUUCCUAUUUCCUCAUUCCUCUCCUGCCAAAGCUCUACUUAAAAUUGUUCCCUUUGCACUGGAUAUGGCAUCACUUUCUAGAUUUCCUUUAAAAGGUCUUCAUUUUAUUAAAUUUUAUGUUUUUGAAUAAACAAAUUGAUUUUCUCUCUCCACCACUGGUUUAACCCUAAUCCUACCACCAUGGGAGUAGUAGCCCUUACAGUAAAUCUGUAUACUCAAACAAAUCAAAUUUCUUUCAAAAAAUAUGUUUCAUUCUGAAAAAAAAAUGUUUUUAAAGAUCCACUUCUAAAUUAUUUGGAAACAAUUAGACUUUUAAAAAAAAAUUCUUACCCUGUUUCCUCUACUUGUCCCUCUGGGCUACACUAGAAGUGUGGUAAUUAGGUAAGCAGACUACUAAUCUUUUGCUGUUUAGAUUUUCUAGAAUCUCAAAUAAUCCAAUACAUAAUGUUCAUUGAAAAGUUAACAUGACUAAUAAUUGGAAUCAACCUCAUUUGUAGGAAAAUAGUCCCAAGAAGCUCACGUGAAUGUUAUUCUUAUGUUGGCUUGUAUUAUAUCACUUAAAAACUUAUUUUUAUAUUUCAGUGUUUGUCAUAACACAAAUAUAGUGCAUAAUUUGAAUUUCCAUGUGUUCUGCUGAGGUUAGGCUGAGUUAUAUGCUUUUAUUUAAAAUAUACAAAAGCACUAUUUUUCCCUAGGUUGAGGAUACAGAUCCGCAAAUGCUUUAUACUACCAAAUAAUUUUCAGAGUACUUGCACAUAUAUUAUUUUGUAUGAUUCUCACAGCAAGCUUAUAAAAGUAUACCUUAUAAGGGUAGAUGAUCAUAGACUCAUUUUAUAGAUGAAAUUGAGGCACAAGAAAAAUCAAAUGCCUUGGCUAAAAUUAUAAAUCUAAUAAAUUCUCUGAAUCCUGUCUUCUUUCCAUUAACCUAUUUGUCCUCAUUUUUUCGUAUACAAAUUUUUCAUUUUCUGUCCUAAUCCACAGAGCCAGGAGAUGAUAUGAUGUUCAUGUAACAGAAACAUGUAGGCCAGGGCAGGCAAUAAACGGCCCUAAAACACAUCUCUUCUUUAUAUAUUAUGGUUGAGCACAUUUAAUUUUUGGAGAGUACCGCUUUAAGAGAUGAAGAUUUUCCUUUUUUGCCUUGAUCAGGGUAAACUUCCUGAAUCUGGAAUCUCAGUUCAUUCUCUAUAUCUCUUUUACUUAUUGCUUUGAAAUAAAAGAAAAGACCACAUGCAGUUAAUACCCAGGGAAUGUAGUAUGAACACGCUUUUACUGACUGUUGAUUUCUUUUUUUUUUUUUUUUUUUCGUUCUCCAGCUGAUCCUUAAUUUGGGAUGUGGAAUAAGAAUAGAAAGGAAGAAAAAGGUUAAUUCUCCCAGUCUUGCUAAUGUCCCAUUGACCCCUGGGUUCAGCACGGGCCCAACUUAGCACAGCAUGGACUCUGUUCUAGGGCCCGACUUUGGGUCUGAUUCUGGAACCAAUUUUCGUGUUCCUGGGCACAAAUCCAUAUACUAUUUUAUUGUUGUUGUUCACUUGUGUCUGGUUUUUUUGGUGGACCCCCCCCCCCCCAGGGUUUUCUUGGCAAAGAUACUUGAGUAGUUUGCCAUUUCCAUUUCCAGGGAGUCCCCAUUUUACAAAAUUGAGACAAAUUAAGUGACUUGCUCAGAGUCACACAACUAGUAAGUGUUUGAGAUCAAAUCUGAAUUCAGAACUUUCUGAUUCCAGACCAGUGCUCUAUCCACUGUACCACCUAGCUACCCCAUCAUGUACCAUAGAAUGGUUGAGAAGUCGUUUGUGCUUUCUGGGGCUAAUGUGAAACUUAGCUACUCCUGUUGCGUUCUAGUACAAAGCCCCUUGCUUCUCAGUAGUCUGUUUCCACAUCCAUGGCAUGUUGUUUGGGCUGUAACCAGAACAGAGAGGACACAGGCGUCUCUUUGCCUUACCAAUGUCUUUCUAUUUUUUAGAUUUCCACUUCUGAAGAGUCCUUUCACUUUUAUCCAUAAUGAUCACAUAACCAGAGUAGGAAGCCAUAUAUUUGAUGCCAUCUUUUUCCUAUUUCAUCCUUGCUUGAUGUUCUUUCUCUAGUAUUCGUUGUUCAGUCCUGUCUGACCCUCCAUGACUUUUUCUUAGCAAAGAUACUGGAAUGGUUUACCAUUUUCUUUCCCAGAUCAUUUUCCAGAUGAGGAAACUGAGGCAAACAGGGUCAAGUGACUUGUUUAAGGUUAUAUAACUAGUAAGUGUCUGAGACCAUCUGCACUUGAACUCAGGUCUUCCUGACUCUAGUUUGAUGCUCUAUUCACUAGGCCACCCAGAAUCUAAAGAGAUUAUUUCUUACCAACUCUGUUUGAGAGAAGACUUACUACUGCUUUUUUCCCCAGAGUCACUGUGAUCUAAGGCAGUGUGCUAAUUGGUUCUAAUUCCCUAAGUAAAAGAAAACAUAUACCUGAGGGGUUCAUAUUGUAACAAGCUUAGUAUUUCAAAGAGCUGAGCUUGGAAUUAUAGGUAAUGGGUUCAGAUCCUACCACCACUAUUUACUAUCCUGGGAAAAUCAUUUCCCCUGGGAGCCUUAUUUCUAAAAUAAGGGGUUGAACUAAGUGAUAGAUGUAAUGACCGCGUAUUUAAAGUCAGCCGGAGUCAGGAAUUCAGGUUAAGGGAAAAAUCUUCAAUAUUUAUUGAAGUGAAGAGGUGAAUAAAGAUUGCUAUAGCAAAUAUAGGCAAGAAAGAUUGCGAUAGCAAAUAUAGGCAGUUGCGACAGGAAGCCAGCUAAGAGAGAGAGACGCGAGCCGAGCCAACCAUGGCAAUGGCAGUCCCAAAAGCCUCCCCUCCCCUUCCUUUUCCACUCCCCUGCCUCCACCCACCAAAAUCGUCAUUUCCUAUACAACACAUCAGGACUUGCACAAAGAGUGGGUGGGGGCCAUUCUUUCUCCAAGCUUAUAUAUUAAUAGAGUAUGGUCCAAUUACUAUUUUGCCUCAUGUGCUUGGGACCUCAGUGCAUCAACUCAAGCCUCAGCCCAUUACAGAUAGAUAACAUUUUUUUUUCAGAAUCACAAUUCAAUUUUCUUUCUCUUUAAAUUGUGUAAUGGUAUACAUAUUUGUCUUUGCUAAAAAAUAAUUUUGGGGGAUGGCAAAUAGCAAAUUUUUGUGUUAUGUGAGCAUAUGUGAUGUUUUUGUUCUCUUUUCUAGUAUUAUGACCCAGAUUGAAAGUCUUUGAACAAUAAAAAUGUUUUCAUACUCAAAUCAUAAA